AUGUCUCUUGCUCGUCAAAACUAUCACGAUGAAGUGGAGGCUGCCGUCAAUAAACAGAUUAACGUUGAGCUCUAUGCCUCGUAUGUCUACCUCUCGAUGUCUGCUCACUUCGACAGAGAUGACGUUGCACUCCCACAUAUUGCAAAGUUCUUCGCCAAACAAUCAGAAGAGGAACGUGGACACGCCACAGAGUUGAUGAGAAUCCAAGCUGUUCGUGGUGGACGUGUUGUUCUUCAGAACAUUCAGAAACCAGAAAAAGAUGAGUGGGGAACCGUUCUGGAAGCUUUUGAGGCUGCACUGGCAUUAGAGAAGAUGAAUAAUUCAUCUCUAUUGAAACUUCACGGAAUCGCCGAGCAACGCAAUGAUGCUCAUUUGACCAAUUAUAUUCAGGAGAAAUAUUUGGAAGAGCAGGUACAUUCCAUCAACGAGUUUGCUCGCUAUAUCGCCAAUAUCAAGAGAGCUGGUCCAGGGCUUGGAGAAUAUCUCUUCGAUAAGGAAGAGUUCUCGGAUUAA